UGGCCGGAGUUAACAGAGCGCCGGAAUGUCAAUCAAAUAAACAAAAAGAAGCGGCGUGAAGAAAAAAGCGAGAAAAAAGUGCAGCGAAAUCAAUGCGAGAGCCAACAAAUGCAAACUAAAUGUUGUAAAUAAAAGUGCAGAAAUUGAAUCAAGCGACAAGUGUUUAACCAUCAAACUCGACAAGCUGGAGACGCAUUUUAUGGCCAAGAUGGGCAAGUGGAUGACCCCCGAAGAGGAGGCACGCCAAAAGUUCAUCAUGCGGGAACGAGAUCGAGAACGAAAGCGCAUCAAACGCAUGAAUCCCGAGUAUCGACAAAUGGAACGGGAACGGGAUCGAUUUCGCAAACAGACGCCAAGGCCCAGUCUGCUGUCACCCGAGGAGGAGGCGCGCCACAAGUUCAUCAUGCGCGAGCGAGAUCGAGAGCGAAAGCGCAUCAAGCGCCUGAAUCCCGAAUAUCGGCGUAUGGAGCGCGAGCGCGAUAGAUUUCGCAAGAAGGCACGACGUGCUAACUUGACGCCCGAGGAGGAAUUGCGCCUGAAGAUGAUACAACGUGAACGGGAUCGCGAACGCAAGCGCAUCAAACGCAUGAAUCCCGAAUAUCGCCGACUCGAGCAGGAGCGUGAUCGGGAUCGCAAGAAGGCGAGACGGGCCAACGAAGCGUUCAGACAGCUGGAGAAGCUGCGUGAUAAGAUACGCAAGGAGCGUAAGAAGGGUUUGUUGGUCACAGAUCCCACGCAAUUGCCGCCGGAGUUUGCGGCCAUUAUACCGCCAGUGCCUGUUGAGCCUGAGGUGAUUAUUUCGACGCCGCAGACACAGCAACAACAACAACAGCAGCAGCAACAGCAGCAAUCACAAACGUUGCAGCAGCAAUCACAAACAUUGCAGCAGCAACAACAGCAGCAGCAGCAACAACAGACAGCCACACAUCAUCUGCAGCAACAGCAACAACAAUUGGCUGCCGCAGCUGCAGCGGCAGCAGCAGCACAUCAACAACAUCAGCAACAGCAGCAGCAGCGACGUCGCAACAUGUCCCACGUGCCAACGGCAACAUCGAGUCUGAAUAGCGCGACGUUGACGCAACUAACGGCGGCGGCUGCCGCUGGCAAUGCUGCCAUGCAUACGCCGACGGCGCAUGCCACGCCCACGCAUUUGCAGCAGCUGAAUAAGCUGCAACAGUUGUAUCCGCCGCCCAGUUUUGCACAUCCCGCCCUGCCCAUCGCCGGCGUCACGUUGAUGCCACAACUCUGCCAUCCGAUACUGCAUCAGAACCUGGGCGCCUCCAUCUAUGGGCCACCCAAUGGCAUCAAGCAGGAGUACGGUCAGGAUGUGAGUAGUUUAAGUGCCGCUGCAGCGGCUGCGGCCACAAGCUCUGCCUCGGCGGUGGCUGCUGCCCAGGCAGCGGCUCUAGCCUCGUUGCGUGGCAGCAGCAGCAGCGGCGGACAAGCGGAUGAUCCGGACAUGGCAUUGAAUCUGGAGCCAGAGAUAAUACUGCAAACGCCGCCCGAUGUAAAUCCCGCGCAGCAGCAGCAGCAACAACAGCAGCAUCAUUUCAAUGCCCAUCAACAGCAGCAACAUCAUCUGCAGCAGCAGCAACAACAACAGCAGCAGCAGCAACACUGCAACAUGUUCCAGCACAUGGCGCCACAAGCUCACAUGCAACACAUGCGACCGGCGCCGUUGCCACCACCGCCCACAGUUGUCCUGCCGCCACCGCCACCAACAACACACCAGCAGCAACAGCAACCACCGCCGCCGCCUCAGCAGCAACAGCAGCAGUUGCAGCCACCGCCACAUGGGCAGCAGCAGCAGUGAGAAUGAGAUUCAACCCAACUCGCCUUUAGUUCUUAAGCUCUCAACUAGCCACAACACACACACACACAUACAAACACACACACUCACAUAUGCAUUUGAAAAGUUCAGUUUUAUGUUAUUUUAGUUAAGCGAAGAUAGAGAGCAUCGAAGAGAGAGUGCAAAGAGUAUUCACAGUUCAGUGUUGUUUGCGUGUAGCAAAAGAAAAUUGAACAUUUAAAAUCUUAAAUUAUGCGAGGAUUUUGAUGAUCAAUGUUGAUUCAAGCUAUUUAGUGAGAAUGGAGAUCUUGAAAGUUUGGUAAACUUUUUAGAACAUUUUUGAAUAGAUUUUCCUGUACUUUUAAUACAAUACUUGUGGAGCUCAAUUUAAAGAUUUAGCGCAAAUUUAUUGCUACACUAAUUUAUUUAACGUUUCAACAAAAUAGAGCCUUUAUAUACUAUAUUCUAAUUUCUGGGAGAUUCUUAUAAAAUGUGAUGUAAAUUGUUUUCUUCAAAUUGUUAAACGUGCAAGGUAGCAAAUAAUUUUGAAAGUUAUUUUUGCUUUCUAAUAUAUUUUUAAUUUAAAUAUUUAAAAAAAAGACUGGCAAAGCUGAUCAUAAAGUAUUUUUCUAUUCCUUCUAAAAUAUUUCCAUUUUAAAUAUUUAAAAAACUAGCAAAAUUGAUCGUGAAGUAUUUCUCAAUCUUUAAACCUAAUAAAAUUCAAUUUAAUCAAUUAAUGUCAGUCAAAUUAAACAGAAAUAGAGAAAUCCUACGAAUCCUCGCAUAAAUUGAGUUAAUACGAUUAAAAGUUAGAUCAAAGUUAAAUUUAAAGCAAAAAAUUGUUCAUAUAAUAUAUUGGACAAAAUCAAUACUCAAAACACGUAAAUGAACAAAUGAAGAAGACUCUACUCCCCUUCAAUAUGUAAGAGAACGUCAUUUGUAAAAUGUCGUUACGUUGUGUAUUACGUUUAUGUUAACAGUUAGGUUACAUUACAUUACGCUACGUUACGUUACGUUAUGUUUUAUAGUGGGCUUCCCCUCAUUUGAUGUCAUCAAAAGAUCAAUGUAUCCGCAUUUCGCUUUUUUUUGUGUUUUAUACAAGUCUGUAAACUAUUUUCAGUUUGGUAGCUAAGUGAUAGGGGAUGAGCUAAGUUCGUUUCUGGCUCGUCCCGUGCAAUACAAUACUUGCAACUAUAAGAUACGAUACGAUAUAAUGAUAAUUGUAUACCCAAUAUGAUAUACAUACAUACAUAUAUAGUAUAUAUACAAGUAUAAUGAAUGAUAAAUGAUAUACAUACAUAUACAUACAUAUAUAAAUGGCAAGCCGCAAAUAAUUAUUACGAAUUUAUGCGCAAAUACGAGCAAAAUAUAAAAUAAUAGCAAAAGCUGUUGCG